AUGGAAAAGGGGGAUUGGUUCACGGGACCAGACUGGUUGCUCUACGAAACAGUGUGGAACGCCCUCGCUAAGAAAAGAAUGACGAAGAAAACUAGUGGACCACUAACCAUUGAAGAGAUAUCAAGCGCACAGAAUUUGUGGGUCCGACGUUUGACAAACGGACGUUCGACCAGACGUUCAACCAGACUUAGAGACCCCGGGAGGGAAGCUGGAAAAAGAAGAGACUACAGGCAUCUUCUAAUGCAAGGGGAGAAUCCAGGGUUUACUGCCAGUUGGAUAAGGAAAAUACGAAAGAGUGAAUCACUUCAAGACCAUCUAGCGCAGCAAGAGAUUAGAUGGCAGUUCAACCUCUCCAAAUCGCCAUGGUGGGGAGGUAUGUACGAGCGCCUCAUCAAGGAGAUUAAGAAAACGCUAUACAAAACCAUGGGAAGGUCACAUCUGUAUUACGAUCAAAUGGAAGCGUUAGUAAUGGACAUUGAGAGACACCUCAACAACCGUUCAUUGACCUACGUGGAAAGUCAUAAUGGUGAGGAGCAGGUGUUAACACCCAAUGUAAUUAUGUGGGGACAGAAUUCUCAUGUCGUUGAAGACUGUGAAAUCGAAGGUAAUGAAGUGAGUAAACUCCACGCAAGGUUGAUGAUGAAACGGCAACACGUAUGGCGCCGCUGGGUGAAAGAGUACAUCCACAGACUUUUGGAAAACCAUAGAAUUAAUAGAGGAGCCGGAAAUGUUCCAGAAGUUGGAGAAAUCGUAUUGGUUAUUGGCGACGGAAAGAAUAGGGGAGAGUGGAUUAAAGGAAAAGUUACGCAUCACAUUAAAGGCAAAGACGAAAUCAAGUCUGUAGAGAAGGUUCAGACUGAGGAAGCAAGCAAAGAUUCGCAGCAAAUACGAGCGAAGAGUACUCAGAAAGCAGCAGUUGACGCACGUGAGAAAAUACGGUUAUUAGCAAAUGAAGACGAGUGA